UCUGACUCAGAGUUGAUACAGCUGACCUCGCGACCCGAGCUGAACCCUUCAGAGGAACAGAGGUAUGAAGACAGACCCCUGGCCUGCCUGACUCUGAUCACGAGCUCGCGACAAAGAGGAAGAGCACGCCAGUGCAGCGUUUCAUUCAGUGAUUAUAUCGCAGCAGAACUUUCUCCUGGCAUGCAGCUGCCGCGGGUGAUUUUAAAGUGAACCAUUCAGCGUUUUACUGAAAGGGGGAUGUAAAGAUCUUCAAGAUGGCAACAAAGAGAGUUUUUUUGAGUGCCAACAUUUUAGACGACCUGUGAGCUUGUCUUGUGAUUUCAAACACACAAUAAGCCCCAGACUCAAAGCAUAAAGGAUUCAAGUGUCACGCUGGCAGAACAGAGUGGUGUACCCUCAAGAAAUAAGUGAUCCAGUCAGUCAGGAUGGAACUAUGUCCUUCACAGAAGAAACAGUGUCCAUAUUAACGUCCAGCUGCAUGCUAGCCCGCUCUUUUCUUAUCCAUCCCAGAGGUCUGAAAGACCAAGAAAGCUCUGAGAUUGACAGCCGUAUCACUCUACAUGGCAAACGUGAGUGUAUCCCUGCCGAGAAAAAAGACCAAGGUUAUUGGGACAAGCGCAAAAAGAACAACGAAGCUGCCAGGCAUUCGCGUGAGAAACGCCGCAUCAAUGACAAGGUGGUAGAAAGCAACGUUCUGGCUCUUCUUGAAGACAACGCCCGUCUGAAAGCUGAGCUACUGGCACUUAAGUUCAAAUUCGGUUUGAUCAAAGAUCCCACAGAUUCACCAGCACAGAUCUGCUCCUUUGGUCCACAUAACCAAACAUCUCCAGCAAUACCCUACAACUGCCCCAGUACAAACUUACAACCUACUUUUGUUCACGCAUUAUCAAUCCCACAGCAUGGUGGUCCAGAUGAGGCGCAAAACUUUCGGUUCUUCAUGCCUGGAGGGUCAAGCAUUGGGAGCCCAGAGCUUUCAGAUGAUGCUGGAGGUGAACAUAUCCGUAAAUUCCCUGGUGAACAGCCAAGCGGUAUUACAGCAGUGGAUACAAAUUCAUUAGGAUGGCAAGUGAACAAUAUGAAAGGUCUUCCUCAUAAACUACGUUUCAAGACUCCAUGUGGAAUUGAAGGUGCUGAUGCUCAAGUCCUUCUUCCAGUAGAGAAUACGUCACAGUCUCAGUCUACAGAGGCUUUAUGGAGGUCACAAACACACACAAUGCCAUCAGCUUGUUCAACAGCACUUCAGAAUAACCCUUCAAUUCACAGGCAUAUAGAAAGUCACAGUGCUAUUAGAUUCCAGAUCAGCGCUUUGACUGAAGAAGUGGCCCAGCUCAAAAAACUGUUGUCUCAACAUCAGCUCUCCAAAGUGAACUGAAAUCAUCCGUCCAACCUGUCUUCUGGCUUAUCCAAAGAAAGAAGCCCAUUUUUCUGAUUGUA